UAUAUCGUAUUGCAUCGUUUUUCAUAGUUUGAAAGAAAUUUAGCAGCGUGUGUAGUGAUCGCGUUUUUGGUUAAAUAAGAUUAGGUUGCUGUCUAAAUUUUCACGCUUCUUUAAUGUAAAUCUUCACGCAAUUUCCGUAGAAUUGUUAUCAUAUAUCUUGGAAAGUAGUGCGAUGCAAUCAUUGAGAAGCACUUACAUGCAUAAUCUGGUUCUCGUUGUCAUUUCUUAUUUUGUCCGUGAAGUAUAACACAACACGAUCAUUUCAUCUGUUUGCUGGUUAUUCCUAAAAUGGCAAUUAAGGAGAUGAAGGAAAGAAAAGCUCAGUUGGCAUCGAAACUUACGACGAAACUGCAUCUUCAAUCACAUUGAUAUCAUAUAAACUAUCAACUGCAGCAAAAGCGAUUGGUGUUUUGGACGUUGUGGCAGGACUCCUUGACGCCCUAUUGGCGCAACUACGCUGUCAAGCAGCGAGGGUUUGUGGGUGAUCUAAGAAAUUUAUCAUCGCCUUGAAGUUACGCCAAGCCUACGCUGAAAAGAAAUAGUUCACUUGCUACACACAAGCACACUUGAAAAUCCUAGUUUUUGGUUGAAGUCUUCAAGUAUUUGUGGACGGACGCUUAUCUUUGCCGGAUAAUUUGAUCAAUAAACGCCAUCCUGUUGAGUUACAAUUGGCUAUCAAGAGACGCUGAUAGUGGUCAAUUUUCUAUUUAAAAACUUGAAUUUCAAGAGAUAAGUCUUAAUUAAACAGAACAGAACAUAUUGGCGGAUUGGCCGAAAUCAUGUCGAACAAUACAAAUAAUACAAAUAAUACGUCAGUACUGAACGAAGUGCCAGAAGGACUGCGUAUUGUUGUAAUAUUUCUAUCCGUUUUUAUCAUGAUCAUGGGAAUCUUCGGCAAUGCACUGGUGUGUAUUCUGGUUUAUCAAAACCGCAAAAUGAGAACAGCGAUGAAUUUUUUCCUUGUCAACUUGGCGAUUAGUGAUGGUUUGAUUUGCUUAUUUAAUAUUCCAGUUACACUGAUCUAUAAUGAAUUCAAAUUUUGGCCGUUUGGCAAGAUUCUUUGCAAGACACUACCAGCUCUAAGCCAAGUACUGCUUGCAGCUGCCGCUGGUUCCUUAGUCGCCGUAUCAUGGGAGCGAUUUAAGUGGAUUGUGCUGACAUUUAAUGAAAAAAUGUCUUUAAAUCAGGCGAAGAUGAUCAUUAUCAUAAUCUGGUUGAUAGGCUUGCUAAACGGCCUACCGGUUUUUGGCGCAAUGCGUUUACAAUUUGCUGGAUUCUCCAGCUGCAGCGAGGUUUAUCCGGCAAUGAUUUACAAACAGGUGUACACUGUUGUCAGUUUUGUUCUGUUCUAUUUGUUACCUGUCCUGUUCAUUACGCCACUCUACAUCAUGAUGAUCAUGAAAUUAAGACAAAAAACUGACACUAGCGUGCAGUUGUCAAAAGUUGACUUGAAAAGAAGAAAAGCGGCUUUAAAGAUGCUGCUCGUUGUUGUCGUAACGUACGCCGUUUGUCUUUUGCCUAACUACAUUCUCUUCAUUUUAUUGGAUUUUAAACACGUGAACGUUACAUCGUCGUUUAUGAUCACAUUGAACAUCACAACAUUGCUUCUGUGGGCCAAUUCCAUGAUCAACCCAAUAAUAUAUUGCGCUCAAAGUGGAGACUAUGCCCGAGGCUUUAUUAGAAUCAUUUGCUGUGGAUCGCUCAGGAGUAGACUGAUGUUACGUAUUCGACGAACACGUGGGCAGUCGUUUGGUUCUUGUGACCAAACUACAGGAGCAUCGCAGUACGAACGCGUGCAACAAGGUGCAAGUAGUAGCAACAGCAGCUGCUAAAUACAAAUAAUAUUAUUUUGUAGGAGCGUCGGUGCAUGGCUUGUUUUUGAACAAAUAGCAGCUCAAUGUAGAUCGCUGUCGUUCAUUGUCUACUCCACUUACAACUGAAGACCGUGUGACGUAGAAAUGUCUUAUAAAUGGUAACCACAUUUUGCUCCAUCGUUUUUUUGUGAAAAUACCGAAGUAAAAAGCAAAUGCUUGGUAUAUUUUUGCAUUUCGAUGGUUUGUAGUUUCUAAAAUGAAUGUUUCAUCUUUACUCAUGGGAGUUUGAUGUAGAAGUUUAAAAUAAGAGGUAAUGUUUACUUAACGUCUGCAUUUUUUACCAUCAUCCAUGCAUUGACAUCACCACUUUUUGGAAUCAAUCAUUUUUCCUUGUGACUAUGUACGCUGUGAUUUUUGUAAGGAAGCAGAAGUCCUUUAAAAUCGAAAUGAUUUUAGUAAAGGAGCUUUUUCCCAAUAGAUAUACUAUAGCUAACUAAUGAAACUUAUAUAUACAUGAAAAAAUAUGUAUGCUUAUUGUAACUAACUUAACUUUGAUAUGGUUAUGUCAUAAGUUUAAAUUUUAACUGCAGUUGCGACUUGUGAAUGAUGCUGAAAACAAAGAAAAUACUGGAGGUAGAA